CAACACGACCUGACGAUAGUCACAAACCCGAGUCCAAGUUCAACACACACACAAAAGAAAAUUCAAGUCCAAGUAGCCGCACCGGCGCCUCUGCUGAACUCAACCAGUCCGCGACCGAGCGCCGCCGCUUCCGUGCCGGAAGCCACGCCCGCGAUCUGCCCCAAGUGGUCGGAGUCCUGCGCGCCGUGUAACAGCACGGCCGCCAAAUCAGCUCCCGCGCCGUCAAAUCAGCUCGCGUAGAACCAGUUCGCCGGAGCUAAUGGCGGCGCCGGCGGGCUCCCACCCCGCCUCGCCGCCAGCGAUACCCGGGAAGGCUGCGGUGGCAGCGUGCGCCGCCAUGGCCGUCUCGUACGUCGCCGUCCUAUACGCCCCCACGCUCCUCCUCCGCCUCCCGCCCGCCACCUCGCUCCGCGCCUUCUUCCACCGCCGCUUCGUGUGCGCGGCCGUGUCCUCCGCCGCCUCCGUCCUCGCCACCGCGGCUCUCCUAGGCGUAUGGAACUUGAGCGACUCGUCUAUGGCGCUCGCGGUGUUCGGCAUUCGUAGCGAUCACUUGCUCGAGGCAGUAGUGAUUCCACUUCUCCUUACAUCCCUAGUAUAUGCUGGGUCAUUCAUCGCAAGACUCUGGGCCAUGUCAAGCUCGUGUGGCACGGAUGAUGAUGGGGUGGGAGUCAGCUGCACCGACAAGCUUGCUCGCUGGAUGCAAACCUCCUUACAGGAUGUAAUGGUGUGGCGGAACUACGUAGUGGCACCGUUUACGGAGGAGCUGGUUUUCAGGGCGUGCAUGAUACCUCUUCUUCUGUGUGGAGGAUUCAAAAUGUAUAACAUUAUAUUUCUGAGUCCAAUCUUCUUCAGCCUAGCACACCUAAAUCACUUGUUUGAACUUCACCAACAAGGAUGCAACUUUAUGAGAUCUCUCCUGAUUGUUGGUGUCCAAUUAGGCUACACUGUAAUUUUCGGGUGGUAUGCUGCAUUUUUGUUCAUCCGAACAGUAAGGAUGCUGUUGAAAACAAAGCAAUGCAAUGCUCGUACGUUGAGGAUGCAGAAAGUGUUUGCAUGGAAAACGCCGCCGCAAACAUUGUUGCUGCCCCAUGCAGGAGAUCUCUGUGGGCUGUGGCAACGGUUUAGAGAUUCUGCCCACCUUCCUUAUCAAUGCAUGCAUAGAGGGAGGAUGAUGUUUAGCACUGUAAUGCCCAACAUAGAUUAAUAACGAGGAAGAAUGGGACGAGACGCAAUUUGGGUCCUAGUGUGCACUUAGCAUUAACUGACAGAGUUAAUAUAGAUUAAGCCUACAAUUCAACUGUUUGAAUCACAUUCAUUUUGCUGUGAGGGGGCAUGGUUCAAGAAAAGUAAGGGGGGCUUGUCUGCCUUGUGUCUCAAGUCAUGCGGCCAUGUGUUUGGCUUGUGAGUAGCCAAACCUCUCUUGUGCUAUGUGUUUCAAGUUUUAAGGAAUGACAAGUGUGCUAACUUUUAUUGCUCUUUCCUGCCUUACUUCGACAAUAUGGAACUAAACCAUGCAAGGUUUGGAAUUUAGAAACUGGGUUUCCCACAUGGACCAAAUUUAUAAACACAAUUGAAAAUAUUGUGCUCAUUAAACCCAUCUGCUGAUCCAACAUGAUAGUCUAAUUUUGUGAAGCCAUAUAUUUUGGCAAACUAUCAAAUAAUUACACCCUUUUAGGAUUAGUUUUGUAAAACCAGACUUCAUCUGUGUCAGCGUUAGAAAUUAUGCUUUGUAGGUUUUCAAGAGAGUUGAAAAGCGUGACUCGGUAGUUAGUGAGACAAACCUGACGGCACUGUUACGAAGUUGCUCUGGCCCCGUAACGGUCGUGUGGUUGAUGAUGGCCCCCACAAAUGUUUGUUCAGGUGAAAUCGUAGAAGGUGUGGUUUGCUACCUACAACAGUGAUGCUGAUACAAAAGCCGUGUUGUUUGUGAUGGCCUUGUUAUGAACUAAGAAAAGUUUCUUGAGAACAGGAGUUGUUCUGAUAAAUUUACUCUUAUCUUUCUGCUAUGGCACUCACUAAGCUUAUGCCCUGUGAACUGGUUAGGGAAAAAAUGAAAUUUCACUUGUACUAAGUGCCAUGCCUUUUCGCUUGGUAACAUGCUGCAUGGAUGAGCUAGUUCAUAUGUUUUGACUGAAAGUGUACUUUAAUUUUGUCUUCACAAACAUGACAUAUUGAUCAACUUUUGGCCUAAAAAA